AUGAAGCUGGCAUACCUUGUCCUUGGUACCAUGACCCUCCUUCUUCUGGGUGGCUAUGACUCUGUCCUCAGCACUUCCAGUGGGAACCUGCACACUUUUGUGGGCUGUGCUGUGAGGGAGUUCACUUUCCUGGCCAAGAAGCCAGGCUGCAGAGGACUUCGGAUCACCACUGAUGCUUGCUGGGGCCGUUGCGAGACCUGGGAGAAACCCAUCCUGGAGCCUCCCUACAUUGAAGCCCAUCACCGAGUCUGUACCUACAAUGAGACCAAACAGGUGACAGUCAAGCUGCCUAACUGUGCUCCUGGAGUCGACCCCUUCUACACCUACCCGAUGGCUGUCCGGUGUGACUGCGGGGCAUGUUCCACUGCCACCACUGAGUGUGAAACUACCUGAAGCCAGCAUAGUCUUCAGAACACAGCUGUGGGCCGGAGCCUUGCAAAUCCGCUUACCCCGCCAAUGUAUCUGCUCUAUCCUUUGCAUUCAAGUAUGUUUCAACUUGGGCCAGCCCAUUACCUGCCUGGUUCAGGUCUUCCUCUGCUCAUUUUACUCAGGAGGUCCAAGUGUAGUACACUCACGCUAAAAAUAUCAAACACUAUUGACUCUUCCCCAGGAUAAUGUCUCUGGUUCAUAUGUCUGUAAGUUAGGUUUUCUUUGCUUGACUUUUGGAACAUGAUUUGUGUAUUACAACCCUCCCUCAGUUCUGAUUGACAUAGUGGCAUUUAUUUAAAGGAAUUGGGUAUCAUUAAGUGACAGAAAGCCUUUAAACUCCCACAUUCUACCAUUGAACUCCAACUGGAUGUAUGAUUAAAGGGGAAGGUAUGAUCAAAACCAAUGCACUUUCUUCCUUGCUUAAAAGGAAACCCAACUUCAAGUGUUCCUAGAGAGAAUGCUCCGUUUCCCUUUCAACAGAGCAAUCACCUAGAUAAGAGGCAAAGAGAGUCAGGACUGCUCCAGAAAAGGUGUUUAGAAGUGGGUAUUCCUCUCCCAAGCAAAAAGUCCCUCCAUUCCCUUAUGUCCUUACUGAAGAGUGCACUUGCCAAUUAAGAAACAAAACUCAGAAAAUGCUAUUAGAAACUAUCAUUUAGGUUUACUAGCACCAGAGACUAAAUUCACGGCUUGAGUGUUCUCCCACAGCCACAGGGAAGUGACCAGUGACAAAUGCCCCCACCUACUUAGUAGAUCUUAAAUCUGAACAGCAAUUUAUUAGCCCCAGAAUCUUGAGUGUGGAGGUGAGAAUGCUGACUCGGAGGAGAGAGGCUGUGAAUGUCUGGCUCGUGCUUUUUCUAAAAUCUUACGGCAGCUGAUUCUGGGACCUUCUUUUUAAACUCCAAUUUUAUGAAAACGUCUUUAGUAUUGGCUUUUGGUAGUUUGGGUUAACUUGGUUCUUUUUUAGAAUAUUAGAAUAUGCCAGGAGCAUCUACACUGAUGUCAAUAGAGUGUGUUCCCUGUCAUCUGAAUUCAUGCCAACUUUUAGGAAAGUCUUUGUUUUUAUUUUGCUUGGUAUAGAAAUAAAGGCACUUGGAGCUUU